ACAAGUGUGCACGUCUCGGCCUCUUUAUCUCGGAGCAAGACAGCAAGGAGCUUUCCUUUUUUAAAAAAAAAACCCGCAUCUACAACUCUGGCAUUUACAACAGCACAGUUUAGCAGCACAGGAAUUCGUUCAGCACCUUAGCCACUCUGAGAUUUUAUGGAAUCUUGGGCAGGGAACUCAGCUCGAUCGUCGACAGAGUUAUCGCUUCGCUUUCCGGGAGAAGGGGCUCCGGUGAAUUCGCUGCUUUCCUCUCGGUUUAUCGCAGCCUAACAAAAUGCCUCGCCCCGGGAAAAAUUCCUACAGUGACCAAAAACCUCCUUACUCGUACAUCUCACUGACUGCGAUGGCUAUCCAGAGUUCAGCCGAGAAGAUGCUGCCGUUGAGUGAUAUUUACAAAUUUAUCAUGGACAGGUUUCCCUAUUACCGAGAGAACACUCAGCGCUGGCAGAACUCUCUCCGCCACAAUCUCUCCUUUAACGAUUGCUUCAUCAAGAUCCCACGCAGACCGGACCAGCCGGGCAAAGGCAGUUUCUGGGCACUUCACCCGGACUGUGGCGAUAUGUUCGAGAAUGGGAGUUUUCUCCGCCGCCGUAAGAGGUUUAAGGUGCACCGCUCUGAACACUUGUCCGCCAAAAACUCACAGAUGAUCCACUAUUUCCAACAGCACCACCAUCACCAUCAGCAGCAACAAGCCAAGUUGGGACUGGCCACACCGGAGACGGCCCCAGGUAUGGGGCGCAUACCCCAUUUCCAGCCCUAUGGAGUCAACGGGCCCCAAUCAACUGGAUUUAAGCACCCGUUCGCCAUCGAGAACAUCAUUGGAAGGGACUAUAAGAACAUGAUGGCCAGUGGACUCCCUUUAGCCUCUGUAAUGCAUCACCUUGGUUACCCAGUGCCCAGCCAACUCAGUAACAUGGUAGGAUCCAUGUGGCCUCAUGUUGGUGUCAUAGACUCGAUGGCCCCCAUGCCAGUUUCUCCAGAUUACAAUCCAUUUGGGGUGCCCAUGAAGACAAUCUGUCACCCGGGCACGCAGACUAUGCCAGCCGUCCCCGUGCCCAUCAAACCUACAGUGUCACUGGCGUCCAUCUCCACAAUGCCUGUGCCAGGAGCCCUGCCGGGCAGUGCCACGCAGAUCUGUCCUUCUUCAUCUUCAACCUCCUUACAUCUAGAUCAGACUCGGUCAGCUCCCAGUGAGGGCAAAACUAGCUCAUUACACUCGGUGCUCGUCCAUUCCUGA